UCAGUGUUGCCAGAUCUAGUAAGAUUUCCAGCGCAGAUUUCCCUACUGCAGCCAGUGUUGCCAGAUUGGGCGGGAAAUUGGACCCAAUCUGGCAACACUUGUGGAGAACAACACUGCAUGCACUGCCAGAGCUAGUGCUAGCACAGCCAGCUAGUCAAUUCAACCGAAUUCUUAACUUCUGGGUGUCAAAAUGAAACUGUACUGUUUAUCAGGACACCCGACGCUGCCCUGCAAUGUGCUCAAGUUUAAAUCCACCACCAUCAUGCUGGACUGUGGCCUGGACACCACGUCCGUCCUGAACUUCUUACCAUUGCCUCUGGUGCACAGUCCCAGACUCUCCAAGCUGCCUGGCUGGGUGUCCAAGGACGGAUCGAUCAACUUGGAAAAGGAGCUGAAGGAGUGUGGUGGCAGAGUGUUUGUGGACUCCCAGCCUGAGCUCUGUCUUCCAGAGAGGGAGCUGAUGGACCUGUCCACCAUCGACGUCAUCCUGAUCUCCAACUACCACUGCAUGAUGGCGCUGCCCUACAUCACCGAGCACAGCGGCUUCACCGGCGCCGUGUACGCCACCGAGCCCACGCUGCAGAUCGGCCGGCUGCUGAUGGAGGAGCUGGUCAACCACAUGGAGAGAGUGCCCAAAGCCCAGUCCGCCACCUGCUGGAAGAACAAGGAAAUACAGAGGCUGUUGCCAGGGCCGCUGAAGGACGUGGCGGAGGUGUGGGCGUGGAAGAGGUGCUACACCAUCCAGGAGGUCAACUCGGCCCUCAGCAAGGUGCAGCUGGUGGGGUACUCCCAGAAAGUGGAGUUGUUUGGCGCUGUGCAGGUGUCCCCUCUAAGCUCCGGCUACUCAUUGGGCAGCUCCAACUGGAUCAUCCAAUCACAUUACGAGAAGGUCUCCUAUAUGUCCGGCUCCUCCCUCCUCACCACACAUCCACAGCCAAUGGACCAGAGCUCGCUGAAGAACAGCGACAUCCUGAUCCUGACGGGCCUUACGCAGAUGCCCACUGCCAACCCAGACGGCAUGCUGGGAGAGUUCUGCAGCAACCUGGCCAUGACGAUCCGCGCGGGGGGCAACGUGCUGGUGCCAUGCUACUCGUCGGGGGUGAUCUACGACCUGCUGGAGUGCCUGUACCAGUUCAUCGACAGCGCCAACCUGGGCAGCACGCCCUUCUACUUCAUCUCCCCCAUCGCCAACAGCUCCCUGGAGUUCUCCCAGAUCUUCGCCGAGUGGCUCUGCCACAACAAACAGUCCAAGGUCUACCUCCCCGAGCCGCCCUUCCCCCACGCAGAGCUGAUCCAGACCAACAAGCUGAAGCACUACCCCAGCAUCCACGGGGACUUCAGCAGCGAGUUCCGGCAGCCCUGCGUGGUCUUCACGGGCCACCCCUCGCUGCGCUUCGGGGACGUGGUGCACUUCAUGGAGCUGUGGGGCCGAUCCAGCCUCAACACCAUCAUCUUCACCGAGCCAGACUUCUCCUACCUGGACGCGCUGGCCCCCUACCAGCCCCUGGCCAUGAAGUGUGUGUACUGCCCCAUCGACACGCGCCUCAACUUCCACCAGGUGUCCAAGCUGCUCAAGGAGAUCCAGCCGCUCCACGUGGUGUGUCCGGAGCAGUACACCCAGCCCCCGCCCGCCCAGUCCCACCGCUCAGACCUGAUGCUGGAGCUGCCGGCCCCGCCCCUCCCGUACCGCCGCUGCUCCGUGCUCAGCCUGCCCUUCAGACGCCGCUACGAGCGCAUCCACCUGCUGCCCGAGCUCGCCAAGUCCCUGGUGCCCUCGGAGGUCAAACCGGGCGUCUCCGUGGCAACCGUCUCCGGGAUGCUGCAGUCCAAGGACAACAAGCACACGCUGAUGUCGGUGCCCCGCCCCCCCCCGGCCGCCCCCACCAAGAAGAGGAAGCGGGUGGCGGAGGAGCCCCCUGAGCUGCUGGCCCCCAAGCCCCUGCUGAGCGGAGCGGUGCCCCUGGACGGCUUCCUGGCCACCCUGCACAAGCACGGCGUCAGCGAGGUGAAGGUGGAGGAGACGGCCGACGGCCACAUCCUCCACCUGCAGGCGGAGGACGCGCUCAUCCAGAUGGAGGCGCACGCCACGCACAUCGUGUGCGACAACAACGAGCCCAUGCGCACCACCCUGCGCGACCUGGUGCUGCGCUUCCUGCAGAAGCUCUGACCUCUGACCCCUGACACGCCCCCCCUCCCCCCCCUCCCGGAAGCACCGCCCCCUCUGACGUCCUUGUUAAAGGGCCCCUGUUCUGAUAGGCCAGAGACGUCCUUCACCCUGGCGACCAUUUUGUUUAUUUGGGUGGGAAACCUUCUGGAAUAUUUGGGGAAAACAUGACGAUUAAAUGGGAAUGCCUUCCUGAUGCUUCCCGAUGCUUCCCGGGUGUGGAAACGGAAGGCAGGCCUAGAGUGGUCAUGGUUCCUCCAGAGUCUAUAGAAGGUUUCUCCAGCCAGCUAACCAACAUGGCCGCUCGGUGAAGAAGGUCUAGCGCGAGCCGUCUCAGCUCCCAACCGCUUCCCAUAGUGACAUCACAAGUGGGACUGUCAUACCAGACGCUUGACGGACAGGUCGAUCAGCGUACCAGUGGCACUCCCACCUAUGAUGUCAUGACAGGGUUUCUUAAUGGCCUCUGACGGCGAAUCAACAGCACUGGUGGAAACGAGGGCCCUUUUUAAUGAUAAAUAAAAGACUAAAGCACAGAAACACUAACCCGAGGGAACAGCACCCCCCUCUGGUGGAACAGGUGCUACUGCAGUCGGUGGCAGCGGUCGGUCCGGAGGAGGGGGAUCAUGGAGGGUUCGUCUGCAGCCUGGGACUGAUUGGUUGAGGGUGAGGAGGGUGAACUGAGUGCUGAAAGGCGAUUGGCUCGUCUGUGUGCCAGCUCACUGCCAAUAGCCUGGCUGGCCGAUGUCAGUAUUUACAGUGUUGUGCUGCUGUCAAUCCUACUUAAGUUUUAUUUUAUAAAUUAAUAUUUUGUAUUAAAUAAUUUCAGGUUUAAGAAACAAAUUUAGCAUCCAAUUCAUUUAUUACAGUUCCUGGUUUUCGGUUCUUCCCAUUCUUAUAAAUUUAGCUGGUGUAAGUAUUAUUUUAUACUCUUUUCAGAGUUAUGGCCCAGUACAGAUAAAUGUAUUUUAAUCUUUGUAUAUCAAAAUAAGAAGAAUUAAUACAGAUUUUCACAAGGUAAUAAUCAUUUACUCAUUUGACUAGGCAAGGCAAGGCAACUUUAUUUAUAUAGCACUUUUCAUACACAAGGCAGACUCAAAGUGCUUCACAUAUAAACAUUGUCAUACAAUAAAAUAAAAUAAUAGAUAAGUAAAAAAAAACAUGCAAAGAAAUGGGUAAAAUAGAAAGUUAAAAAGGCAUUUUAGUAUUAAAAUAGAAAAUAAAGGCAAAGUUAAAAAAGCUUUUUAGAAAGUGCAAUGUAUUUAAGAUUUUGCAGAAAGCUAAAGCAAACGUCUUCAGUCUUGUUUUAAAGGUGCUCAGAGUUGGGGCACGUCUUAAAUCCUCAGGGAGUUUAUUCCAGCUAUUUGUUGCAUAGUAACUAAAUCCUGCUUUCCCAUGUUUUGUGUUUACUCUGGGGAUAAUUAACAGAUUGGUCUCAUAGGAUCUAAAUGGUCUAGAAGGCUGAUGUAGUGGAAGCAUAUCAGUUAAAUAUUUUGGGCCUAAACCAUGCAGGGAUUUAUAGGUUAGCAACAUGAUUUUAAAAUCCAUUCUCUGACCUACAGGAAGCCAAUGUAACGAUUUCAGAAUUGGUGUAAUAUGUUCAAAUUUUUUGGUCUUUGUUAGAACUCUAGCAGCAGCAUUCUGAACAAGCUGAAUCUUCCUCAGUUUGUUUUGGGAGACCUGUAAGGAGACCAUUGCAGUAAUCAAGCUUACUAGUGAUAAAGGCAUGUACAAGUUUCUGUAAGUCUUCAGUGGACAUGAGCCCUCUAAGUCUUGCUACAUUUUUUAAGGUGAUAAUAUGCCGAUUUUGUAACUGAUUUGAUGUGACUGUCGAAAUGUAAAUCUGAAUCCAUGAUAACCCCUGGAUUUCUGGCUUUGAUUGAGGUUUUCAGGGACAGAGAGUGAAGGUAGAAACUAGUAGAAACACCAAACAUUUGAACCACAGAAUGUUUAUCCCAUUUAAACUUCAAUGGCUGUUUAAUGCCAUUCACUUCCAAAUUUAGAAUAUAUGUACCAGUUUGAAUAUGGUUCAAGUAAGUAUUUUGUGUUUUCCAGUAUCGGCAAAUAUAAAGACACUCGGCAACACUCAAAUACUGAGGUAAAUAUUUACCAGUCUCAAAUGUAGUAUAACUAUUCUUGACACUUGUUGUGCUUGUUAGUUAUGACCAGUGAGUCAAUGUAUCCGGUAGUUUCCAGAGUUUAGUACCACAGCUAGAGGCUCUGGACAAGAUAAGGAUGUAAUGUAGAGUUUAGUCCUGUAGCCUUUCGCCAGCACCUUUGUCAGACUCUGAAUUGUUCUGCCGCUACAUGUGAUGAGCGAGCAGGCAGGGUUGGGCAUUGCAGACAUUAAGGUUUGAACCUACAACCAUCAGGCUGACCGCACCCUGGCAUUCCUGCCUCCAUUUGGUAAACAUGUACUCGUCGAGGAAGUUUAUAUCCGGUCAUUUUUGACUUGAAGACAAAAUCCCAAUCCAAAAUCAUGGCAAAAUAUUUUUUUUAUUGAUAAACAGUUCAAUGUGCCACUGAAAUACACGUAAUAUCUCAAUAUAAAUUAUCUUACAGUGCACACCACAAGCGUCACUUAAAUACCAACAGUGUGAAGCAGAGCGCUGAGCUUCAGCGCUCACACAGAAAGAACUGACCACAGACCAGGACAGACAGAUAGACCAAGGUGUUGUCUUGUCCAUUUCCGAGACCGCCAUUUUGAACUAGGAGAAACAAAACGGUGGAGGUGGAAGACUGUUAAGUUUCGGAGAGUGUACACAUGAUGAGGGUGCGUUUGGACCAUUUCAUUAGACAGUUGACCAACUGACUGCGGUUGGUGAGAGGAAAGGGUUAAUAGGAUACAAACAAACAUGGCUUGCAUACACAGUGUAAUCAUUGCUGCACCCUGCUGUCAAUCAAGUGGUUUAUAUGAACUUGUUAUUCAUGAAUAGUAAAGCCCGCCUUUAACUACGUUAGAUGUAACCAUUGGCAAACUUUACCGUGUCGCUAUUGGCUAUUAUGUAAUAAUCUGCUUCUUCAAAGAUACUAUUGCUUGUAAAAGCAAACUAUCAUGGAAAUAUCCGAGCUGAUCUAGAAAAAUAAUCCUUU